AUGGAAAAAAGAAUCGAAAAUUGAUUAAUCGACAGUUGAGAAAAUCGAACGAAAAAUGUCGAUGUUUAGGCAUGAAUAUCGAUGUUUUCGAUUAAUGCCCUUUCCAGUAUCCAGUAUAUAGUAACUGCCUCUUAUUUACUCUUUUUAUCAUUAAACAUUUACCCCAAAAAAUCAUAAAAAUACUGAAAGUCAUGUAAACUGGUUGUCUCAAUGCAAAGAGAAUAAUAAUCGGUGUAAUGGCAGACGAGGAAAACGUUCUAUUUGUUCGAGAGAAUGGACAGGAUAUUGACGAUAUUUGGGAUGAUACUGCCUUGAUUAAGGCAUACGACAAGGCUGUCAAUUUAGCUAAAGAGCAAGUCGCAAAACGUCUCAGCAUGGAGACAGAAGCCCCACGUGGGAAAUCGAAUAAAUCACAGAGUUAUAAACAGCCCAACAAGCAACGAAAUUAUCAAAAGAAGUGGACUCUAGGCUCACCAUGUCGUGCAGUUUACUCAGCCGAUGGUAUAGAAUACGAAGCAAUUAUCUCGAAAAUACUCGACAAUGAUUGUGGCACUUGUAUCGUCAAAUUUGUAGGAUAUGGAAACACAGAAAAAGUUGAAUUAUCCUCUCUUCGAGAGUCUGAGGGUCUCGAGGCUCAGAUAGCUCAACAGAAAGAGUCAGCAGCAGUGAAAAACUGCGAUUAUUCAACGGUUGAGGAGACAUCUCAAGCUUUCUCUCACGCAAAUGUCAGAGAGAAUGGAGAGGCAAUGGAUUACGAGUCGGAAAUUCCUAAGCAGUCGAGAAGUAAUGUUCCUGGACCUUCAGCGUUCUCUUUUGGAGGCAUUACACCACCUGCUCCUCCCCUGCCCCCACAUAUGAUGGCCAGACUUCCUGCAAAUGACGCUGACGCACUGUCGAGUAUGCUCAUGUCUUGGUACAUCAGUGGCUUCCAUACAGGGUACUACCACGGUAUGAAGCAGGCUCAGAGUAAUGCCGAGCGACGAAAAAAAUAAGAUGUGAUGUAGCUUAAUUUUUUAUACGAAAAAACAAAACGAAACAAAAUUCAAAACAAUAAUCAUAAAAAUUGGUCAAA